CAAAUUAUACUUUCAAUUUUGUGGACAAGCUGAAGACUUUGUCAGAGACACUGCUGAAAAUGUCCAGCGUCUUUCAGGGCAGUCGAAGUGGCCAGAUGCUCAGCCAGCUGCAGGGAGCCCUGAGGGACAGAUUUCAAAGGAGCUUUGUAGAGAGCCAGCUGCACGUCGAUGUGGACAAACUGACGGAGGAGCUGCGGGCGUUGGGACGCAAGGUGGACACGAUGCUGGGCCACGCGGGCGCUGGCCGCGUCCGCUUCCUGGGCCGGGUGCUGGUCAACCUGUCUUCCUGUGUGGCCCUGAGCCGCUUCCAGGCCCUGGACUCUGUCCCCGCCCUGGAGUCGAAGGCACAGGAGCUGAUGCAGCGGAACGAUUUCUUGGCCAGCGUCAUAUUCAACACUUCCGGACCCGGUGGGAACCUCAGCUCGGGGUCCCUCCAGCUGCCGCCCCACGUCACCUACACCAUCCGCACCAGUGUCCUGUACAGCAUGAGAACGGACCUGGUGACAAACCCCUCCUGGAAGUUCCGUCCUCAGAGCCUGCCGGCCGACGGGUUCAAAUAUAACUACGUCUUCGUCCCGUUGCAAGACAUGAUCGAUAGAGCCAUCGCUUCGGUGCAGACCGGGCGGGACGCCCUGGAGCCGGGCACGCAGGCGCAGGCCAUGCCCUACCCGUGUCACUCCAGCGACCUAUUCUUGAACAACGUGGGCUUCUUUUUCCCCCUGAUCAUGAUGCUGACGUGGAUGGUGUCCGUGGCCAGCAUGGUCCGGAAGCUGGUUUACGAGCGGGAGGUCCAGCUGGAGGAGUACAUGAGGAUAAUGGGGGUUCACCCCGCCGUGCCCUUCCUGGCCUGGUUCGUGGAGAACAUGGCCGUGCUGGCCCUGAGCAGCGCCGCACUGGCCAUCAUCCUGAAGGCAAGCGGCAUCUUCACGCACAGCAAUGCCUUCAUCGUGUUCCUCUUUCUCCUGGACUUCGGGGUGUCGGUCGUCAUGCUGAGUUACUUCCUGAGCGCGUUCUUCAGCCAGGCCAACACGGCUGCCCUCUGCACCGGCCUCGUGUACAUGAUCAGCUUUCUGCCCUACAUCGUCCUGUUGGUUCUGCACAACCAGCUGAGUGUGGCCGUGCAGACACUGCUGUGCCUCCUCUCCACAACCGCCUUUGGACAAGGAGUAUUUUUUGUUACAUUCCUGGAAGGGCAAGAGACCGGAAUUCAGUGGAGCAACAUGUACCAGCCUCCGGGACAGGCGGACAUGACCUUCGGCUGGGUUUGCUGGAUGCUCCUCUUGGAUUCAGGCCUUUAUUUUCUGUGUGGAUGGUACUUGAGCAACUUGAUUCCUGGAACUUUCGGCUUAAGGAAACCAUGGUACUUCCCCUUUACCGCGUCCUAUUGGAAGAGCGUGUGUGGUCUGGGGGUGAAGAGGCAGCGCACGCCGACUUCUGAUCUGUUCUUCGUCCGUGAGAACUCUGACGACUCAUCGCUGCAAACCGGGGAAGGAACCCCCUUGGGCGUCACCCUGGCGUCUGUGACCAAGGAGUAUGAACGCCACCGGCCGGCGGUCCGAGACCUGACCCUGACCUUCCACGGAGACCAGAUCACCGCCCUGCUGGGGACCAACGGCGCCGGGAAGACCACCGUCAUAUCCUUGCUGACCGGCCUCCACACCCCCACCUCCGGGACCAUCCUGGUCAAUGGCAGGGACCUGCGGACCGACCUGCCUGCGGUGCGGAGGGAGCUGGGGCUGUGUCCGCAGCGGGACGUCCUGUUCGACGACCUCACGGUGCUGGAACAGCUGCUGCUCUUUGGCUCCAUCAAGGCCCCGCAGUGGCCCCGGGAGGAGCUGCGCCGGCAGGUCGACAGGACCCUGCGGGACGUGGAGCUAACCCAGCACCGGCACAAGCAGACCCGCGCCCUCUCGGGGGGCCUGAAGAGGAAGCUCUCCAUCGGCGUCGCCUUUCUCGGCACGUCCCGGACGGUGGUUCUGGACGAGCCGACCAGUGGCGUGGACCCUUGCUCCCGGCGUGGCAUCUGGGACAUCCUUCUCAAGUACCGGAAAGGUCGGACAGUCAUCUUCACCACCCACCACCUGGACGAGGCCGAAGCGCUCAGUGACCGCGUGGCGGUCCUGCAGCGGGGGCAGCUCCGGUGCUGCGGUCCUCCCUCCAGCCUGACCGCGGCGGCCGGCCAGGGGCUCUGCCUGACGCUCACAAAGCAGCCGGCAGUCCGGGAGGUGGACGACGCGAAGGACACAGCGUGUGUGACGUCUCUGAUCCAGACCCACAUCCCGCAGGCGUCUCUCAGAGGCAGCAGCGGCGCGGAGCUGAGCUACGCGAUUCCCGAGGAGGCGGACAGAGCCGCCUUCGAAGGGCUCUUCCAGGCCCUGGAUCAGAACCUGUGCCGUCUGCGCCUGACAGGCUACGGGCUCUCCGACGCCACCUUAGAGGAGGUGUUUCUGAAUCUUCUGCGAGACUCCCAGGAGCCGUCCGCCGAUGCCCCGGCGCCGGAGCCGCGGUCCUCCCGGCCCCCAGAGCACGCUCCCGGUCACUGCGGCGGGACCGCAGCCCUGCGGGGUGGCCCCCUGCUGCUGGCCCAGGCGGCUGCCCUCCUGGGGAGGCGACUUCGCCGCUCCUGCCGGGCCUGGAGAGGCACCCUGUCCACCCUGCUCCUGCCUGUGCUCUUCGUGGGCCUGGCCAUGGCCCUGUUCAUGGUGCGGCCGCUGGCCGUCAGCUACCCUCCCCUCAAGCUGGCCCUGGGCCACUACGACACGGACGAAACAUACUUCUUCAGCAGCCAGAGUGAUGACAAGGGACUGACCCACGUGCUUUUGCAGAACUUUGGAGAUCAGGACCUGCUCUGUGCCGACUCGAACCCCGACCUGAAGAAUUCUCCGUGCUGGCACACGGACCCCGCCCCUCCCCCGGGAGUCCAGGAUCCCUGUGGCUGCCAGAAGUGUCCGAACGGAAGUGUCCGGGCGCCCUACCUGGCCAACCGCCUGGGCCACAGGCUGCUGAAUCUCUCGGCCUUGCACCUGGAGGAGUAUUUGCUGGCGCCGACUGAGAAACCCAGGCUCGGAGGCUGGUCUUUUGGAGUGAGCAGCCCCGAUCAAGAUGCAAAUUCAAAUAUAUCGAAACCAAAAACUCUGGCAAAGGUGUGGUAUAAUCAGAAGGACUUCCUUUCCCUCCCGUCCUAUCUAAACCACCUGAACAACCUCGUCCUGUGGAGGCUCCUACCCCCCACCGUGGACUCGAGACAGUACGGAAUUACGGUCUAUAGCCACCCGUACGGAGGGGCCUUGCUGAACGAGGACAGGAUCCUGGAGAGCAUCCGCCAGUGCGGCGUGGCCCUCUGCAUCGUGCUGGGCUUCUCCAUCCUCACCGCCUCCAUCAGCGGCGCCGUGGUGCGGGACCGGGUGACCGGAGCCAAGAGGCUGCAGCACCUCAGCGGCCUGGGCCACGGGACAUACUGGGUCACUAACUUCGCAUGUGACAUGCUCUUUUACUUGAUUUCCGCCUGCCUGUGUGUGGCCGUCGUGGUCGCCUUCCAGUUAACGGCAUUUACUUUCCGCCAGAACCUGGCGGCCACGGCCCUGCUGCUGGCGCUGUUCGGAUACGCGACGCUCCCGUGGAUGUACCUGAUCUCCAGAAUCUUCUCCAGUUCCGACGUUGCUUUCAUCUGCUACGUGUCCCUGAACUUCGUCUUUGGCCUCUGCACCUUGCUGAUGACCGUCAUGCCCCGGCUGCUGGCCAUCACCUCCAAAGCCCAGAAUUUGCAGAGCAUCUAUGACGUCCUCAGGUGGGUGUUCACAGUUUUCCCUCAGUUCUGCCUGGGCCAGGGCCUGAUAGAACUCUGCUACAACCAGAUCAAGCACGACCUGACCCACAGCUUCGGCGUGGACUCCUACGUGAGCCCCUUUGAGAUGAACUUCCUGGGCUGGAUCUUCGUGCAGCUGGCCUCGCAGGGCACGGUUCUGCUCCUCCUGAGGGUUCUGCUGCACGGGGACCUCCUGCAGCAGCCCAGGCGUCCCCCUGCCAUGCAGGGCACAGUCACGUUUUCUAAGGACAUAGACGUUGAAAAGGAGCAAAUGAGGGUGUUGAAAGGGAGAACCGAAGGAGACAUCCUCGUGUUGUGCAACCUCAGUAAAAGUUACAGAAGCUUUUGCAGGAGAACCACCGCUGUGCAGGACGUGAGCUUGGGCAUACGGAGAGGGGAGUGCUUUGGGCUCCUAGGGGUGAACGGAGCUGGGAAGACCACCAUGUUCAAAAUGCUGAAUGGCGACACCCCUCCGACCUCCGGACACGCCGUCAUCAGGACACCCAUGGGAGAAGACGUGCGUCUGUCUUCGGCUGGUGCGGCCGGCGUUCGUAUCGGCUACUGUCCGCAGCAGGACGCCCUGGACGACUACCUGACCGGCUGGGAGCAUCUCCACUAUUACUGCUGCCUCCGUGGGAUUCCAAAGCAGUGCAUCCCCGAGGUUGCUGGGGACCUGGUGAGGCGUCUACACCUGGAAACCCACGUGCACAAGCUGGUGGCCACCUACAGCGGGGGCACCAGGAGGAAGCUGUCUGCAGCCCUGGCCCUGCUGGGGAAACCCGACCUACUCCUGCUGGAUGAGCCCAGCUCUGGGAUGGACCCUUGCUCGAAGCGGUACCUGUGGAAAGCCAUCGCCAAGGAGGUUCGGGAAGGCUGUGCGGUGGUGCUGACCUCUCACAGCAUGGAGGAGUGUGAGGCGCUCUGCACCAGACUUGCUGUGAUGGUCCGGGGCAGCUGCCGGUGCCUGGGCUCCCCUCAGCACAUCAAGAACAGGUUCGGUGAAGGCUGCACAGUGAAGGUCUGGCUCCGCGAGGAGGCAAGUCAGAAUGAACACGCUGCCGUUUGUGACUGCUUGACGCUCUGUUUCCCAGGAUUGCAGUUUAAGGGGCAGCGCCAUAAUCUAUUGGAAUACGAUGUGCCAAAAAGACGGGGCUGUCUGGCUGACCUGUUCAAAGUUCUAGAGAACCAUAAAAACGUCUUGAAGAUCAGACAUUACUCCAUCACCCAAACCAGUUUGGAGCAGGUUUUUAUUAAUUUUGCCACCGAGCAGCAGCAAACUCCGCCACCUUCUCCGGAUCCAGCCUCUGACCGCGACCGCCCGCAGCACCUGCCCAUCUAAACACUGUGCUGUCCUUUGUUGUAAUUAAUUCUCCGAGAUGAAAGGGGUGUGAGGCAUCGGAGGACACGCGGCGGGCAGUCAACUUUCCUGCUCUCCUUCAUUUUCUACCUGGAAACUCUUUGUUAAUUAAUUACCGACAAGCUGGAAAGCCGUCCUUCUCUGCAGAUUUUCGGGGAGCUGCUCCGACACAUUGCCUCUGUCUGCCAAGCCGGGGUGGGGACCAGGCUCGUGAGACACGGCGUGAACCAACGGACAGAGGUCAGGCUGGGACGUCCUGAAGCUGGAAAGGCUGUCGGGGGCUGGCCAUGCCGAAUAGCUCACUCUCCUCUUAAGGAGACUGAAGCCCCCGAGGUUAAAACUUUUCCUAACGUAUUGCAUUAGGAAUAGUACUAUGUCUGUAAUCUUUUUACCAAAUCACAUUUCCACGUGUCUGAAUAACAGUUCACAUUUCAAUGAGUUAAAAAGCACGCUUUGCUUAAUCCUGGAUGGCAUUAGAUGGGAUGAUAUUUAAAAAUGCCAUUUUUUUCCUACAAAAGAUGCUUUUUUUAAAAAAAAAUAAGUUUUUCAGUCGAAACUGUAGCAAAAUUAAAUAAAUCGAACUGGGUACUCUGUGUCAUUCAUAAAAAGUUUUACUAGAAUUUCACAGAUUGUAUGUUUAACGCAAUAUAGAAAUACAACGUGUAGAUAUGUUUUCCUUUUUAUUCAUUUGGAUGAAUGGUUACUGUUCUUAAAAUUAUUCGGAGCCAGUGGGUUUUGGUGUGUUUCCAUAUCAGGGGCACCAGCAUCUCCUGGGAGCGGGCUGGACAGAGUCCCAGACUCCGGGGUGGGAGGUCCGCAGUCUGGGUGCCACAAGGCCCCCACGCUGGUUUCUGAUGCCCAGCACCUGUCUGUGUCUGCUGCUCAAAAGAGCUUCCAGUCAGACAUUUCUGAGUUGAAACAUUUCUCAGCCUUCUUUGAAUAACGUUUUUUUCUGCCCCCCCCCAUGGAGGGCUGCACUGAAUUCAUUUUAAAAUUUAACUUUACUCACUGAAGUUUCUGAGUUAACAGUAGCUUGCGAUCAGAGGCAAACGCUUUCUUGUGACGUUUCUUCGCUAAUGUCAGGUUUCAUUCGGCUGUAUCUCUCCCGGACGUCACCCUGCGUUAGAGAUGCUUUUAAACGGUCAGGAGGAAGGCUGGAAUCACAGAUGGUUUGACUGAACGAUUCUGAUUCACCCGGAUGAUGUGAAUUAUGCUUUCUUAAAGACGUUCCAAUUCAGGCUUUUCUGAUUUUUUUUCUGCCCCAAUUCUAAGAUCGUCUCAUUGUCAAAAUGGAAGAUGUAAUCUUUUGCUGGUGUCGAAUCAAUAAAGAAAAUUUGU